GAAAGGGAAAGAGAGCGCAGCGAAGCGCCGGAGCUUCACCAUGCGUGCGGCGGGCAGCGGCGGGCACCGGCCUGGGGGGGCAGCGGCGCUGGCUGCGGCCGGGAUCGUGGCGCUGCUGUGCGUGGCCGGAGGAGCCAGAGGUCAGGAGGUCCAAGCUGAGAACGUGACGGUGGUGGAGGGAGGCCAGGCCGAAAUCAACUGCAGACUACACCAGUACGACGGCUCCAUAGUGGUGAUCCAAAACCCAUCUCGCCAGACGCUUUUCUUCAAUGGCACGCGGGCCCUUAAAGACGAGCGCUUCCAGCUGGUGGAGUUCACCCAAAAGCAAGUCCGCAUUGUGCUCUCCAAUGCCCGCCUGGAAGAUGAAGGUGGCUACUUCUGUCAGCUGUACACAGACGACACACACCAUCAGAUUGCCAUUCUUACCGUGCUGGUGCCGCCAGAGAACCCCCUGGUGGAGGUGAAGGAGCAGGCGGUGGAAGGAGGAGAAAUCGAACUCACCUGCAUCGUUCCAAGGUCACGACCUGCUGCAAAACUGCGCUGGUUGCGGGACCGAAAAGUGCUAACAGGCAUUAGCAGCAAGCAAGAAAACGGGAAAGUGUUCAGUAUUACCGACGUGCUGCGUUUCCAGGUGGACCGUAAGGACCACGGCAGCAUCGUGACCUGCGAGGCCACCCACCCCGCACUGCGAGGGCAGCAGAAGCAGACGCAGUACGUGCUAGAUGUGCAGUUUUCACCCACAGCCAGGAUCCGCCCUCCCCAAGGGGUGAUGCGGGAAGGAGACACCUUACUCUUGACUUGUGCCGUCAAUGGCAACCCACCCCCCACGAAGAUCACGUGGAGCCGAGCAAACGAUUCGUUACCUGAGCGGGCCUUGAUAGAAGGCGACACGUUGACUAUUCCCAGUCUCAGCAUGCUGGAUAAUGGCACCUACUCCUGCCACGUGGCUAACAAGCAUGGCCGCUCAUCGGACCAGUACGUACUGGUGGUUUACGACCCUGGGGCUAUUGUGGAAGCCCAGACAUCGGUACCCUACGCCAUAGUCGGGGGCAUCUUGGCGCUCCUAGUCUUCCUGGUCAUCUGCGUCCUUAUAGUUAUGGUCUGGUGUUCCAUCCGGCAGAAAGGCUCCUAUCUGACCCAUGAGGCAAGCGGUUUGGAUGAGCACGGAGAAGCCCGCGAGGCCUUUCUCAAUGGCGGUGAUGGCCAUAAACGCAAGGAGGAAUUCUUCAUCUAAGCCGGGGAUGUGGGAGGGGGGGCAAGGGGGUGUGGGAAGGGUAGCCAGGGACAGAAUGUGGGGGGAAGCGGCCGAGGAGGGGGGGAUCUUGAAGUGAGAGGUUUAUAGGGAAGUUGCCGCUCUUGCCAAGGGUUGGGAGGGGUUGGAUUUAAAAAGAAAGGGGGUGGGGGGAAACAAAAAAGCUUAAAAAUCUAUUGUAUAAAAAAAAAAACACGUGGCCACCACUUUUUCGGUUUUAUUUUUGAAACCGAGGACUUUAGCCCCACCCCCAGCUGUGAAGCCACACCUCCUGCCAUGGGCUGUCUCAUGUGCUCUGCACCAGAAGUAAUGUCCUCUAAUUCUGGAGACAGGUGUGUGUGUGCGUGCGUGCGUGCAUGGCUCUGCUUCCGUAAAACGGAGCAUGGGGAUACCCGCACCCCUUUCCCCUUGGGGCGGGGAGGCAGAGCUCUAUGGGAGGGCCCCAUUUCUUUGUAAAUAGCUCAAAAGUUGACCCUAUGGAAGGUAGGCAGAAGGCGCAAGGGGACCCAGGGCUGCCGAGAAUAUGAGGGGGUGGCGAGGAGGGGCGUUGUAAGAAGGACUCAGCCCCUGAGAGGGGCUGUGGCUCGUUAGCUCUGAUUUUUCAGAUAUUAGCACUGAGUUUCAAACUAUCUUUUUCGGGGGGGAGGGAGUUGAGGGGGGGAAAGCAUAUUUGCUUUGGGGCACCUUGAUUCUCUUGGUCGCCCUGGGGAGAACUUCUCUACUCUGGGAAAAUGGCGGGGGAGAGCUGAUCUGUGAGUGAGGACCCCUCGGGUGUAGUUCCAUGUAGAGGAGAGCAGCGGGAGGGCAGUCUUUGGAAAGCCAGCAUGACGGAAGCAUGAGGCUGGGGUGUCCUGAAUUCUCUUCAAGACUUCCGGCUUUGAGUUCCUCUUGGCCGCACACUUUCCCUUUUAAGGCCGAGCCGCGAUGGCCGCCGUUGGGCCUUAAGAAGCAGGUUGGACUCUUUGUUUUCUUCAAAGCCAUGAUCGUUUGGGGAGGGGGGAGGGGGGAGAGGAAGGGGUGUCUCUGUCUGUCUCUGUCGUCCUUGUUACGUGAUGUGCUCGGCCAGGAACAGGGGAUGGGACCCCUGAGCCCAGUGGUGUAUCCUGUGAAGCUACCUGAUACCGAGCUAGACUUUCGGUCCCCUUAAGCUUGGAUCCUCCGAGGUUCUGGGCUUAAAAAGGUCUUCCCCCAACAGUCGACACCUGAGGCCCUCUCAUUGGAAAUGCCAAGGGUUGAACCAGGGACCCUGUGUGCGCAGAACAUCUGCUCUACCACUGAGCCAUAGCCCCUUCCCAGAGCUCUGGUGAGUCACUCGGUAUUGGAUGGCUAAGGUGUUGCCGCCUGGAUCUGGGGAUGUGGCUUCAGUGGUAGGGGAGAGAGACCUUUUUUUAAAAAAAGAAAAAAAUUGCAUUUACCAACAUUGGCAUAUGCAGGUUUACUGUGGCCAGUUUAAACAACUCUCCUUGCCUUCAGUGCGGGUGGCAGCCCUAAACCAUCUUGUCCCCAGACCCUAAUAUGAAACCCCUGUUGUAGCUCAUAAAUCUCUCCCCUCCUCCCUCUCUGCUUACUUUCCCAGAAAGCAGCUGGAAUGGUCGUUCUGCAAAGAGAAGAGUGAGGGGGCUCAGCAAUAGGCCCUUCUCCCCCUGCCCCCUGUGUCCAUUUUGAUCCUGUUUCAAUAAUUUUUGCCAGGGCUUUUUUCCCCAGCUGGAACGCAGUGGAACGGAGUUCCGGCACCUCUUGAAA